CUUAGCGUUUAUUUAUAUCAGAAAGUAUUUUAAUUAUAUUUGUGCUGCCAGCUGAUCUCAACGCGUGUAGCUCUGAGAUACACUACAUUACAAUGCAGGCAGCCCAAACUGAGCCCAAGCGAACCAAGAGUUAUACUGAUGAGGUCUACCGCCUUUUGGAAGAAAAGCCAGGAGUCGAAGAUAUAUUAAUCAUGAAUCGUUCGGGUGUGCCGAUUAAAACUUCAAUGGAACGCCAAGACGCACUCCAACAUGCCUGUCUCUAUGAGAACUUGCGGGAAAAGUGUCAGGCAUUUCUAUCGAAAAUGGAGCCACCGCAGCUCCUGACCGUGUUACGUGUUCGUACCAGACUACACGAGGUCCUACUAACACCUGAUGGCAAGAUAACCGUUUUGGUAGUGCAAAAUCCAAAAGAUACACACCUUAAAGUUCAGGAUUUAAAAGGCAAUUCCUGAACUAUUUAAAAAUUUACUUUAUUUGUUACACUUAAGCAUUUUGUCACAUUACACAGAGCCCAAACACACAUAAAACUGCUCCUUUAUUUAACUAACUGAAUACAAAUUUCUGUCAAAUAAAGUUCUGGAUAGAGCAUAGGCUGGCAACCAGCGCUCGAA